AUGAAUUGCCACAAACUAAAAAGAAGCUUUCAGGAAACUACUAAGGCCCUAAGGAUAUGGAAUAAGGAGGUCUUCCGUUUUGCUGAUAAAGAAAUUCGAAAUCUUGAAGCCAAUCUCCUUCUUCUUCAGCAACGGGAGGAUAGAGACAUGGGAAAAGAAGCUGAAGUUUUGGAUAAGUUGAGGGUACAUAGGUCUAGAUGGGAGUCUAUCUUACGUCAGAAAUCUAGAGAAACUUGGCUCAAGGAAGGGGACAAGAACACUAAAUUCUUUCACUCAAGUCUUCUGAACAGAAGAAGGAAGAAUAAAAUCCAGGCAAUUAAGGAUGAUCAAAGGUGGCUUUCUAAUCCGGAUCAGAUAAGACAGUACUUUCUUAACCAUUUUAAAGAACUCUACAAAUCUGAUUUUCCACAAAUUCCGGAGCAUUUUAAAGAGCUUGGAGAGAGACUUAUUUCGCCUGAAGAUAAUACAGCCUUAUUGAGAUUUCCUACGCCAGAGGAAGUUAAGGAGGCAAUCUGGAAUUUGCACCCGUUGAAAAGUCCAGGUCCAGAUGGUUACCCAGGGAGACUUAGCAAUGUUAUUGAGAAGAUUAUUUCUCCUCACCAAGGCGCUUUUGUCAAAGGACGUUGGAUAGCGGAGAACACUGUGAUUGCCCAAGAACUGGUUCACAAAAUUCAAAAACACAAAGGAAAACAAGGCCUUAUGAUGAUGAAAAUAGACUUAAAGAAGCCUUACGAUCGCCUUGAAUGGAGUUUUGUUGAUAAAGUUUUGGAAUUGUGGGGCUUUUCUAGCGAGUUCCGGUGGAUGAUUCGGAGCUGCUUAAGCUUGGUGCACUACUCUCUCCUCCUUAAUGGCAGCGUGUGUGGCACUUUUCAGCCCGAACGUGGGAUUCGUCAAGGUGAUCCCCUCUCACCUAUACUUUUCAUUCUCUGCUCUAAAAUUUUGUCCAUACUUCUGCUAAAAGAGGAAGAUCAAGAUAGAUUACACGGAAUUAAAGUGGACCGUAAUGCUCCAGCAAUCUCACACCUCAUGUAUGCGGAUGAUCUAAUCAUCUCCUGUCGCGCAAACCACAGAGAUGCCACUAUUAUCAAGGAGUGUUUAUCUUAUUUCUGCAGUUGGUCGGGGCAAGAGGUAAAUGAAGAGAAAUCCAACAUUUUCUUUUCAAGGUCCACUCCUCGGAAAGCAAAAAUGGCCAUCAAAGAAAUCCUAGGAUUCAAGGAUUUGGGAACCUCGGCAAUCUACUUGGGGAAUUCAUUAGUUUUUGGAAGAAACAAAACGAAAGAAUUCCAUAUUCUCAAAGAACGGCUCAAAGGAAGACUUGAGGGAUGGAAUAGACAUUUUCUUUCAAAGGUUGGAAAGGCAACAUUGAUCAAAUCCGUGGUUCAAGCAAUCCCUAGCUACACAAUGUCCACCUUUUUACUUCCUGUAAAUGUGUGCGAAGAUAUGGAUGCCAUUGUUCGAAAAUUUUGGUGGGAGUCCCAGCCGAAUGCUACAGGUUUUUUGGCUCUGAAGGCUUGGAAGGACCUGUGUAGGCCUAAGGAAAUGGGAGGUUUAGGCUUCAGAAGCUUUAAGGAUUUAAAUUUGGCCCUUGUUGCUAAGCUCGGUUGGAAAUUGGCUUGUGAAGAAGAUAGCCUAUGGAUAAGAUUAAUGAAGGCGAAAUAUCUGAGAAAUGAAACUUUUUUUGGUUAUAAACUUAAAAAAGGGACCUCUUGGGUAUGGCAAGGAAUCAUUAAAACAAGAAAUAUCAUAAGGAAGGGAUCAUGUUUUCAAGUUGGAGAUGGUGUGACAAUAGAUAUUUGGAAGGACCAAUGGCUGCCAGGUAUAGAGUCAAAAAGUCCUACUGCAAGAGUUGAAUCUGAUGUUUCACGAUGGAGGAGAGUUUUUGAGCUUCGAGAUGAGAGAACUAAUCAGUGGAAAGAGACUGAGAUUCGUCAUUUUUUUCAUCCGGACUUUGCUGAAGCUAUUUUACAGAUUGUUUGGCCGCGUGUCAGUUGUAGCGAUAAACUUAUCUGGAAAGGCAAUAAGGAAGGCAAGUUCUCAGUUAAACAUUGCUUUGAAUUUCUAUGUAUGUUAGACCAAAGCAGAGAAUCAGAGGCUAUUUGGAAAAAUCUGUGGAACAUCAAGAUGCAUGAACGUCUUAAAAUGUUUCUGUGGAGAGUGCUGUCCAAUGUGAUUCCCACCAGAGACUUGAUUUUUACUAGAAUUGGGAAAGGGGACCGCAACUGUGUUUGGUGUGAAGACAAAGAGGAAACAUUAUUGCACAUUUUCAAGGACUGUCACUUUAUCAGAAGACUAGCUUUUGCCAGUAACUGGGGGUGUAGACUUGAGAACUGGAAUGUGUCCAACACAAAGGAGCUGGUGGAGAUAAAUGAAAAGGUUUUUUCGGACUCUUUCCCUACCCAAGAUAUGUUACAACGGUUCAACACUCUUGUUGAGGAAUUUGAAAGUGUGGAAGAGUUAAUUCACAAUUGCUCCUCAAAGGAACGAUGGAGUCCUCCAACUAAAGGGUGGUGGAAAAUCAACUCUGAUGCAGCCUUUAACAAUGAUCAAGCUGGGGUUGCUUUUAUUGCUAGGGACUGGAAGGGGGAGGUCGUUUACUGCGAUUCUAAGCGUAUUUUUUGUAGUUCUCCUCUAGAGGCUGAGGUGAAGGCCCUAUCUUGGGCAGCUGAGAUGGCUGAGAGGAACAACUGGCAAGACCUUUGUUGGUCUUCGGAUUGUAGAGAAGCUGUUAACACUAUCCUCUCGGUGGACAAUCCUUUGGUGUGGGAAACAAGGCAUGAUAUAAUUUUCCUUAGAUCUUUAUUUAAAAAGGAGAAUUGGUGCCUAUCUUGGAACUCCAGAAAUGCUAAUAGGGUGGCUGACUUGAUGGCCAAGAAAGCUUUUCAGACAGGCUCAUCUUUUGUUUGGCUUGCUUGUAAUGCUGGUUCAUUUCCUAGGGACAUAUCGGACUUGUUAGCUGUUGAUGCCUUGGGAAGUAACCUAUCUUUGUAA